AUGUCACACUCAACUUCAAGUCUUCGUCUUCGAAAUGGCGAACGCGGACGGGGAUUGUUCACAAACACUUCGCAGCGCAAGGGCGACACGUUGCUCAGGAUCCCGCUGGAAGCUUGCAUCCGCGAAGCGAGGCAUGCAAGCGAUGAAGAAAAGUCCAAGAUCCUUUCACGUGCGACCACAGAUGUCGAGGACCCAGAGGCGUUGACUUGGGACGUCAGAAUGGCAAUCAAACUGUUGAAGAAGACAGGAAAGCUUGAUUCCGACGACGAAUCAGUGAUCCGCUUCUUUCCUCCUUGUCUUUCAUUCGGUGAGGUCAGAGUGCAGGAGAUAUUUUGGAUGAAAUACCAGGACUUGCUUCCAAGACCAGACACCCUCUCCCAGGUGGCUCCCUUCCUCGUCUCACUCGCCGUUCUGACUGUGAGUCAGCCCCUCUGCUUGUCGCCUUCCAUGCUCUCCGAGUUUCAGCACUCGGAGCUUGCCACUGGCGGCCUCAUGCAGCAGCGGAGGUUGCGUAUGCUUUUCCCUGACCUGAUGCCAGCGGCAGACAGCGCAGACAGCGAUUAUCCAUCAAACUUACAAUGGGCGUUUGCCUGCGUACGAAGUCGUGCCUUCACCGUGACUAGUAAAAAGCAGAAUGCUACAAGCACUGAUGAGGAGGAUGACGAGUUUGCUUUUGUACCUUUCUUGGACAUGACCAAUCAUGGUGAUCCCAACGCCGACUUCUUUUGUGAUCGAGCAAACAAUUACUUCGUGCUCCAUGCGCUAACAGAUAUCCCUGAAGGAAGAGAGGUUUUGAUUUCCUACCGAGCUGAAAUGUGCAAUCGGAUCUACCAAGCGUUAUACGGGUUUGUUCCUCAGGGCGGCAACUACAAUGACAACAUCGAGUUUCCUGACUCACUGAAGGCAGAUGAACUGAUGGCGCCUCUUCUGGAGCAAGCCCUGGGACUUGAUCAGCCCGACGGAGAGCAGAUCCUGUCGUCUGAUCCGCGACUGAACUCGGCCCUCAUGUCCUUUCCCCUCACCAUCGAAAUGCCGGAGGAUGGAGUUGACGGCAACGCGGAAGUUGAGAAAGCUCAGAAACUGCUGGACUAUGUGACAGAGCAGCGAAGGGUCAUGUCGACGACCCUCGAGGAAGAUCUCAGCCUGGUGACGGACUACACGAGAGAUCCUUCCUCCCUCGACCCGAGAAAAGUUUCAGCAGUCCAUUACAGGAUAGAGAGGAAGAGACUGCUGGACAAAGCCAUGGGGAUUCUCCAAGGAUACAUCGAUGUUCUUUACAAGAGUGGCAAUUAA